GAAUCGCACAUCUAUUUACGAUUUAAACGCUUUGACAGCAUUAGAACAUUAUAUGCAAAAAACAUUGUCCGACAUAACAAUUAAACAUACACCAACAAAAGUAGUAUUUCAGCAAUAUUAUUAUACUAAUGCAAUACAAGCACAACGACGUGGACUCGAAGAUACUGCUAAUGGAUCCACGAAAGAAGAUAAUGAAAUAUUUACUCCCACAGCACUAAAUAAACUUAAAGAACGUUUAUCUAAAUUAUACAACAAAGAAGUCGAAUUUACUUUAAUUAAACAACAUUAUCCAUACCUUAAUAGCAAGAUAUUGGCCCAAUACAUCGCUUUAAACGCAUCGC